AUGGAUGGCGCCAAGAACUAUUUCAACGUACUGGUGAAUGGCUGCCUGCUGCUGGUGCUGAAGACUUAUGCGGACCUUCGAGACUACCGCUUGGACAUUUCGCAGCCGCGAGCCGCGGGAUCUCCAGUCUCCGUGGAGGUGCAAAAGCGCACGGAGGCAGUCAUUGGGAGCUUGUUUCAGAAGCCGACCGGCCUGGUCGUGCUACAUGGCAUCAUUGCGGACAGCGAGUUGGAGGAGCUGCCCCCUGACGAGGUGUCGCGGCGACUGGAGUUCUUGGGAGACUCGGAGACGAGCGGAUUUGGCAACCAAGGGCCCAGCCAACCGGGCAUGCCAGGACUCGUCUCCGCGCUCUCUAUGCACGCUGCGCAUCAAGAUGCCAACCAAGCCUGGCCAGCGCUGGUCGCAGGAGCACUGAAAGCAGACUUCCACAACAUCGCCUGGAGUGGCGCAGGUGUCGUUUGGAACGCUCCUGGCUGCUCAGCAGAAGUCCCCUUCAAGGACCUCUACCCAAGAGUCCUGGGGACGAAAGUGGAGCCCAGCAUCAAGAAGUCUGGCGACUGGUGUCCAGAAGCCACGGUGGUGUACCUCGGCGGGAACGACUGGUGGUCUCUCUCUUCACGAGGUGACGAUGCCCUCAUCGAUGGCUUGCGAGAGUUCCUCACGCGCCUGCGUGCUUACAGAGGACCAGAGGUUCCUAUUUGCAUUCUGCUGCCAUCGCCAACUUCGGUCUGCGCAUGCAUUGGCAGCUUGCCAGAUCAGGCGAGCUUUGCAGAUGACAUGUCACGCUGCUGGCGUGCAGCUGCUCAGCUGGUUAGUGACGAGAAGAUCUUCCUGGAUGUGAUUGAGCCCGACCCCCCUUGCUCGCUAUCAAAUCCCGGAGACUGGGGACAAAUGGGGCAUUGGUCCGUGGAGGGGAACAGGAAGUGGGCUGCAGCCGUGGUUCCCGUUCUCCAGGCACGACUAGCUUCGACGACUUUCUGA